UAUGUUCAUGUAAACGCUCGUACUCGACGAUGCCGAAGAAGGAUUCCUUGUCUAGUGGACAAGUGGAGCUUUGUGACGUGAAAGUAGACGUGCUUAUUAAACACAAGAGUCGUCGUAAGGGCAAAAGUGUAGAAGAACUGAGCGUAGGCACAAGUGAGACGAGUAGAGACGUAGACAGUGACGAAACCAGACACAAGUCGCGUCGAGACAGAUCCAGCAGUCACGAUGGAUUAGACGGCGGCAGACGGAAGAAGCGAGAUGUUGAACGUAGUGUUGAGCGUGUGGGUGCGAUACAAGCUAGGCGACCGGAGACUGAGAGCAGUGACGACAGUGUAGACAUGAGAGAUCACAAGAAACGUAGGAACUAUGACAAUAUAGACCAUGGCGUUGCUAAUGUACAUGUGAUGCGACAUAAGAAGCGAUUAGCUGUCGCCGACCUCAGUGAUGAAGAAGCAAAUAUGGUGAGACAACAAAGGAGACGAAGGGACGAACACAGUGGUACCAGUUCAGACCCCACACGUCACAAGCAACGACGCAACACACAGUCCGCAGGUCCUUACGAAGGGACCACAAAAGGCAAGCCUAAGGGCUCCAGUAAAUCCACAGACUACGUAUACGUUAAUAACGCAUAUGUCGGAAGCCUAAACAGUGUUAACGAAGGAAGAUGUCAACAACCAAUAACAAGCACCUACCGCGAGCAGUACUGGGCCUGCUCCAAGUGGUCACACGGGAAGAAAAUCUUAGCAAUCGGAAUAGGAGUCUUAUUAGGAAUGUCUUUAGUCGGGGGCAUCAUAACUUUGGCCUUAAUCAUCACGGGACAGAAUCCUGAUGAGAUAAUAGGCCCUCUCCUCCCUGGAAACAACGACAGACACUUUGCCCUAUUUUGAACCAUAGUGAGAACAAAUAUGGACUAUAAUUCUGUAGAGUAU